AUGGUGUCAUUUUUUAGAGAAAAGGACAAAGGAACUUCACAGUUGAAUCAUAUUGAAGUGACUCUUGGAACUCAUUCACGAAUAGAAAAAGAACCAACAAGACAGGAAUUUCAAGUGAAGAUUGCUGUUCCUCAUCCUAACUUUAAUAAUUAUACAUCUGUGAAUGAUAUAAUGCUUCUUAAGCUGAAUGCAAGUGCAACGUUGAACAAAUAUGUUUCACUCCUUCCACUUCCCAAACAUGGAGAAGAUGUCGAAGCAGGAACCCACUGCAAUGUUGCUGGAUGGGGUGCUACCUACUUUGGUGGUUAUCCAGUAGACAAAAUGAGAGAAACAAGUGUUACCGUUAUAGACAGAAAUGUGUGCAACCGCCCCAGCUACUAUGGAAAAAUAAAAAUAACAAAAUGCAUGCUGUGUGCAGGUGAUCCGAAUGGAGAACAAGACGCCUGUCAGGGAGAUUCAGGAGGCCCAUUACUGUGCAAUGGGAUCUACAGAGGAAUUGUCUCCUUUCGUAGAGAAUGUGGGCUGCCUAAAAAACCAGGUGUCUACACACUCCUUACAGAAGAGUAUCUCAGAUGGAUACAUAAAGAAAUUAAGGAUUAUUAAAUGUAAAUGCUUGUUUCAUGCAUCAGCUUCUCUUUCUAUGGUGCUGCUGUUGCUUGCUAUUAUUUUUAUUGUUUUAAUUGAUGCAACAUACAGUCAUGUGACAAAGUAUGAAAAU